AUGGGCAGGCCUGAGAGGAGUCUCAGAAGCCAUGGGAGCCUGCGCAUCCAAUGCGCCCUGCUCCUCUCUCUGCUGGGCUUCGUCCCCCUGUCUGAUUCUCUGACCUGUCUUGAUGGAUCCAUGGUGAAGUUCGGCAGUAACUUGACUAAGGAAGCAGUUGACUGGGUCGAAAAGCUGACUGUGUCAUCAGAUGCUUUUAUGGUGAUGUGUCAGGAGACAAUGAUGCUCAUAGAUGUAGGUGAACAAUCUGUCUUACUGUGGAGCAAAAGCCUCACCAAGCUUUCCAGUGAGAUCAAAAAAGCCCAAGUGUUUUCUUCUGGACCUGGAAUAGUGGCUGCCUCUUAUGCCCACUUCUGUAGCACUGAAAACUGCAACAAAGCUACCAGCACCAAAGUGCUACUUGACUCCCUGUCACUUGCAGCCUCCUCUAAGCUGGGAACCACCAAGUGUCCUGUCUGCUUGCAUUUUAAGGGUUCGUGCGACCCGAAGUCCAACCUUGCUCUAUGCCCUGUGAACACUAAAUGCUAUGCCAGUUCCAUGGGAAUCUCGGGAGGUAGCCUCAGUAUCUUUUUAAACAUUUUUGGAUGCCUGGACUCAUCUCGCAAUGUCUUAUUUAACAACCAAACUUCAAUCGGGGUCAUGAAUGUAAGAGAAAUCCUCGAGGUACAGAGCAGCAAUUCACUCUCACAUGUACUUGUCCCUGGCACUCUCCUGACCUGGACUUUAGGGCUCUCAGCUCUUCUCAGCCCUUUGUAUGCAGGGAUUUCUCCUCUCUGCUGAACCCUUUCCUGGCCAGCCAUACCCAGCCCUCCUCUGACUUCAUAACCCGAAACCUGAGGCUGGGAACUGUCGGCCUGCACUGUCGGGUGCCCUCAUCCCUCACCCACACACCCCGGCCUCCUCAUGUUUAGAUAUGGGAGCCGCUGAACUCACCCUGCUCCAGAGCAGAACUCACCCUGCUCCAGAGCAACCACACACACAUGUGGAAAAAUAAAGUUGCUGUUGUUUCUCCAAA